CAACAACAACAACAACAUCAACAACAGCAAACUGCACAGCACCAUCAUCACCAUCAUCAGACACAGCAACAAAGUCUUCAUCAAUCGCAACAGCAGCAUCCACAACAACAACAACAUCAACAGCAGCAACAACUCUCCGCUGCUCUUAGUCAAACAUUACAACAAAAUCUGGCAGCUACUACCUCAAAUGUGAAUGUUGCCGCUGCCGCGGCUGCAGCUGCUGCGGCAGCUACCGUUUCUACAAAUCCUCAUUCAAUAUUCGGUACCGGUAAUUUUCACUAUAAAACAAAUAACUCUUGGUCCAUACCUUCACUGUCAUGCUAUCAGCGUCUCUAUAAUGAAAAUGCUCACUACCAUGCUCAGCGUAAUUUUAACGCAAAUUCGACCGAGACCUCCACAAAUAUCAAUCAGAAUGUUUCCAGCUUAGUAUGUAAUAAUAAUAACAAUAAUAUUAACAACAAUAAUAACACUGUGGGCAAUGGUAACGCUAACGCAAACAACUCAUCAAACGCAAACACAAAUUCAGUUUUGGGUAAUGUUUCGGCCACAACAACUGUACAACAUGUGGCCAAUGCUGUGGCAGCUGCUGUUAUUGCAAAUGAACAUCAAAAUCAUUUAAACAAUUUAAAAUCACGGUUUCAGCCGACAAGUACAGGUAAGCUUCAAUAUUUCUUGCUCUAUGGUUACUUCCUGCAAAUGUGUACGAUUCUUAAUGUAAUUAUCUUUCGUUAUCGGCAUCAUCACUAUCAUUAUGAUCAUCGUUAAAAAUUAAUCUGAAACUUUACCAAAAAUUGUGAAAUUUUCUACAAUUUAUUUAUAAUUAAGAUUUGUUGUUGUUUUGUUUACUUUUGAUAUGUAU